AGAGGGGCUUUGAUCAUGAGGGAUUCCCCCCUGCAAUAUCACCACAUAACCAGUUGCCGUUUGACGCCCCUGCACAACCUGAAGCUCCAUUGUUCAAUUGGAAAGGAAAAAGUGACCCAGAUCAUGAUGGCACCAUGUGGAAAACAUCUCAGACCCCUUCAGUGUCUGGUAGCAUCACAGCACUCAACAGUCGCAAAGAUGACCACUCUCACCCCCAAGGACAAAGACACAGUCAGGGUCUUCUGGAACAAAGUUUCCGGAAAAUGCCAGGACAUCGGCAUGGAUGCUCUGUCCAGGUUGUUGAUUGUGUACCCCCAGACCAAGACCUACUUCGCCCACUGGAAGGACUUGAGCCCUGGCUCUGCCCCCGUGAAGAAGCAUGGAAUCACCAUCAUGAGCGCCGUGGGUGAUGCUGUGGGCAAACUGGAUGACCUGAAGGGAGGUAUUCUCUCUCUCAGCGAGUUGCACGCUUUCACCCUGAGAGUGGACCCUGCCAACUUCAAGAUCUUCACCCACUGCAUCCUUGUGGUUAUGGCCAUCAUGUUCCCCGUCGAUUUCACCCCAGAGGUGCACGUGGCCAUGGACAAGUUCUUGGCCGCGUUGUCUCUGGCCCUGGCCGAGAAAUACAGAUAAACAUCCAGAGAGCAUGACCGCAGACAAGCAGCAUGUCUUUUACUGUAUGCAUGUCAUCAAUAAAAGCAUGGGUGCAAGUACUCUU